AUGGUCGACAGUGUGGUGGAUAGGGACGCCUCCGACGCUGCCAAGAGUGACCUUCCCUACACACUGCCAGCCUCCAAGGACCCUCCCUACAAACUCCCAGCCUCCAAGGACCCUCCCUACAUACUGCCAGCCUCCAAGGACCCUCCCUACACACUACCAGCCUCCAAGGACCCUCCCUUCACACUGGCAGCCUCCAAGGACCCUCCCAACACAUUCCCAGCCUCCAAGGACCCUCCCUACAUACUACAAGCCUCCAAGAACCCUCCCUACAUACUGCCAGCCUCCAAGGACCCUCCCUACAUACUGCCAGCCUCCAAGGACCCUCCCUACAUACUGCCAGCCUCCAAGGACCCUCCCUACACACUGCCAGCCUCCAAGGACCCUCCCUACAUACUGCCAGCCUCCAAGGACCCUCCCUACAUACUUCCAGCCUCCAAGGACCCUCCCAACACACUACCAGCCUCCAAGGACCCUCCCUACACACUGCCAGCCUCCAAGGACCCUCCCUACAUACUACCAGCCUCCAAGGACCCUCCCUACAUACUACAAGCCUCCAAGAACCCUCCCUACAUACUACCAGCCUCCAAGGACCCUCCCUACAUACUACCAGCCUCCAAGGACCCUCCCUACACACUGCCAGCCUCCAAGGACCCUCCCUACAUGCUACCAGCCUCCAUGGACCCUCCCUACAUACUACCAGCCUCCAAGGACCCUCCCUACAUGCUACCAGCCUCCAAGGACCCUCCCUACAUACUGCCAGCCUCCAAGGACCUUCCCUACACACUACCAGCCUCCAAGGACCCUCCCUACACACUACCAGCCUCCAAGGACCCUCCCUACACACUGGCAGCCUCCAAGGACCCUCCCAACACAUUCCCAGCCUCCAAGGACCCUCCCUACACACUACCAGCUUCCAAGGACCCUCCCUACACACUGCCAGCCUCCAAGGACCCUUCCUACACACUGCCAGCCUCCAAGGACCCUCCCUACACACUGCCAGCCUCCAAGGACCCUCCCUACACAUCGCUAGCCACCAAGGACCCUCCCUACACACUGCCAGCCUCCAAGGAUCCUCCCUACAUACUGCCAGCCUCCAAGGACCCUCCCUACAUACUACAAGUCUCCAAGAACCCUCCCUACAUACUACCAGCCUCCAAGGACCCUCCCUACACACUACCAGCCUCCAAGGACCCUCCCUACAUACUACAAGCCUCCAAGAACCCUCCCUACAUACCAGCCUCCAAGGACCCUCCCUACACACUACCAGCCUCCAAGGACCCUCCCUACACACUACCAGCCUCCAAGAACCCUCCCUACAUACUACCAGCUUCCAAGGACCCUCCCUACAUACUACCAGCUUCCAAGGACCCUCCCUACACACUGCCAGCCUCCAAGGACCCUCCCUACACACUGCCAGCCUCCAAGGACCCUCCUCACAUGCUGCAAGCCUCCAAGGACCCUCCCUACAUACUACCAGCCUCCAAGGACCCUCCCUACACACUGCCAGCCUCCAAGGACCCUCCUCACAUACUACAAGCCUCCAAGGACCCUCCCUACACACUACCAGCCUCCAAGGACCCUCCCUACACACUGCCAGCCUCCAAGGACCCUCCUCACAUACUACAAGCCUCCAAGGACCCUCCCUACACACUGCCAGCCUCCAAGAACCCUCCCUACACACUGCCAGCCUCCAAGAACCCUCCCUACACACUACCAGCCUCCAAGGACCCUCCCUACACACUACAAGCCUCCAAGAACCCUCCCUACAUACUACCAGCCUCCAAGGACCCUCCCUACACACUGCCAGCCUCCAAGGACCCUCCUCACAUACUACAAGCCUCCAAGGACCCUCCCUACACACUGCCAGCCUCCAAGAACCCUCCCUACACACUGCCAGCCUCCAAGAACCCUCCCUACACACUGCCAGCCUCCAAGGACCCACCCUACACAUCGCUAGCCACCAAGGACCCUCCCUACACACUGCCAGCCUCCAAGAACCCUCCCUACAUACUACCAGCCUCCAAGAACCCUCCCUACACACUGCCAGCCUCCAAGAACCCUCCCUACACACUGCCAGCCUCCAAGAACCCUCCCUACACACUGCCAGCCUCCAAGAACCCUCCCUACACACUGCCAGCCUCCUAA